AUGUCAGGAUCGCCCCUGGAUGCAGAUAGAUUACCCGCACAUGUAUAUUUUUAUGGCCCAUUUGAAGAUAGCAACCCCCAUUGCUGUCAAAAAAACACCGAGCCCGAUAAUAUACAAACCAAGCUGGCUUCAUGUUGUAACAAUGAAAUUACCGAUAUUAUUACCCAAAUUGAAAAGGCCCUCUGCUUUGUUUCUGGAAUGAAACCAUACAAGGAAUAUCCAUUGCAUAAGCAGCGCUGGAAUUUUCUAUAUUAUUGGAUUGGUGACAAAAUAUGGAACGCACUAAAAAGUUACGAAGAUAAGAGCAGCCAGUUCGCUGGAUGCCUGGAGGACGUUUGCAAAAUUAUAAAGACUAAAUGUGAAAGUGAUAAUGGAGGUGUAGGGGAGGAAUGUAAACUUACUUGUCACAAUAUUGAGCAUAGCACUUUCACCAAUAGGAAAAAAUUCUUUGACUUUACCCAAAAUUAUAAUAAUAUAAAGGAUUAUUUACAUAGUGGUAGGGAAAAAUGUGAAACACAUUGGUCCACCUACAAGCAGGGAGUUACGGAAGCAUGUACUAAAGUGAAAGAAUAUUGCGAUGGGAAAGGGAAGGAUAGUAAUGACCCAUACUGUACAGAUAUUUAUAAGGACGAUGAAUCUUACUGUACGGGGGCCAUGCUACCAAAAUUAGAGUGUAAAUCACAAGAUGCAGAAAUCGAGGAAGAAUCGACAUGUUCAUUUGAUGAUUUAAAUAUAAAAGCCCUGGAAGAAAACGUACGUAAUGCCACCACCACAGCAAGCAUUUAUUCUAUAAUCGGCACCUUAGGUUUAACGGUAGUUCCUUACGCACUAUAUAAGUAUAAACGAUGGUCUUCUUGGUUUGGUAACCAUUCUUCUGGAAAUGGAAGGAGCGGAAGAAAUAGAAGGAAGGGAAGAUCAACUGGACACGAAUUCGAUACAUUAACGGACGUCUCCGCAGUAGAUUCAACCAUAGCAGAUUCCACAGAAGUUUCUACCAUAUAUGAUAGAUCACCCAAAAGAGGAACAAGAUCAGGAAUAGGAGCAGGCACAGGAACAAAUGCCAAUAAUAAUAGUACAUCAGAUCAUCAUCAAAGAACGAAUUUUAAAUAA